AUGUCCAACCCCACCCGCGCCACCCCUCCCCAAUCCGUCCCCGACACCAUAGCCAAAUACCCCGGCGAGAAAUACCUCACCGGCUGGGCCGAGAUCUGGAACACGAACCCCUCACCACCAUGGGAUAAAGGAACCCCGAACCCCGCGCUAGAGGAUACAUUGACGCAGCAACGGGGAACAAUCGGGGGCGCCAUUGCAACCGACGCUUCGGGAAAGACGUAUAGGAAGAAGGCGUUAGUUCCGGGAUGUGGAAGGGGAGUGGAUGUGCUGCUGUUAGCGAGUUUCGGGUAUGAUGCGUAUGGGUUGGAAUAUAGUGCUGCGGCGAUUGAGGCGUGUAGACGGGAAGAGAGUGAUCAUGGGCAUGGGGAGAAGUAUCCGGUUCGGGAUGCGGAGGUGGGGAGGGGGGAGGUGGUGUUUGUGCAGGGGGAUUUCUUUGAGGAUGGGUGGUUGAGGGAGUUGGGGUUGGGGUUGGGGGGGAAUUGUUUUGAUUUGGUUUAUGAUUAUACGUUCUUCUGCGCGCUGGACCCGUCGAUGCGGCCAGCCUGGGCGCUCCGGCAUACCCAACUAUUGGCGCCUUCGCCGCGAGGCAAUCUAAUCUGCCUGGAAUAUCCACGGCACAAGGACCCGUCGCGUCCGGGUCCUCCGUUUGGUCUCUCCUCGGAGGCUUACAUGGAGCAUCUCAGCCACCCCGGAGAGCAGAUCUCUUAUGACGCUCAUGGUCGAUGCAGGAUGGACCCUCUCCGCGAACCAAGCGAGCGAGGUCUGGAACGGGUGGCUUAUUGGCAGCCUGCCCGGACGCAUGCAGUGGGCAAGGAUGCCAAUGGGGAGGUCCAGGAUCGAGUCUCCAUCUGGCGCCAGAGGUAA